UAGUACCCAUUUGAAAAAAGAUCAGAAUUUUGGUUUUGAGAUUGUGAAAAGAAAAUGCAAGACUGAUUGUGAAACUGAAACCCUAGACAACACAGGCAGGCCCCUUCCCUGAGCUUGUGCCGCCUCUGUCCAUCAUCGUAGAAGCUUCGGUGGUCGAUACCAUCGAAGGAGGUGUCGCUUCCUCCACAGUGCCUGGCUUCCCCUCCUUUAUUCCCUCCUGCGUCUUCACUAGGGUAAUAUUUAAGUUGAAGCUGGGUCAAUUAUGGCCGAUUUGGAGAAUUUGCUUUUGGAGGCUGCAGGGAGAACUGGCACAUCUGGGAGAAAUCGCCAUUCUCUUCCGCCUUCAAGGAGACGACAUGAUGGCGCUUAUUCAGAUGGUGGGAGUGAUUCUAGGGAUGAUGAUUCAGAUGAUGAACUCAAUUAUGCAAGCAGAAAGCCAUCUGGAUCACAAGUUCCUCUAAAGAAAAGGUUAGAUCCAUCAGAAAGAGAUGAUGAUUUAGGCAGUCAGGAAGAUGCAGAUGAUGAUGAUGGUCGUAGUGAUCAUGAUGGCGACAGCAGUGAUGAAUCAAAUAUUGGUGAUGAUCUCUACAAGGAUGAGGAUGACAGGCGGAAGCUUUCUGAGAUGACUGAACUUCAAAGAGAGAUGAUUUUGUCAGAUAGAGCUACAAAAAAGGAUGAUAAAAACUUAUUGGGGAAAAUAGCAUCUAAGCGUGAGAAAGGAAAGGUAUCGGUGCCCAGAAAGCAGUCUCCACCUAUGUCGUCAUCACGUAUGCGUGCAUCAGCCAGAUCUGCUGACAGGUCAGCGAAGAAUGAUGCACUAAAUGAACUGCGUGCUAAGCGAUUGAAGCAACAAGAUCCAGAAGCUCAUCGCAAACUGAGAGAGGCAUCAAGAAAUGCAGGGCCCCGACAUUUUUCUCCUCCAAAGCGCAAACCAUUCACAUCAACUAGUCUCAGUAGUUCAAGUCAUAGUGAGAGUGAAAGUAGGUCCCACAGCGAUGAUGAAGGGUCAACCGGGGAUGGAGGAAUUGGUGACAGUGAUGAUGAUAGGGCAUUAGCUGGUUCUGAGGGUCCUUCAUUUCAGGAUAUAAAGGAAAUAACUAUUCGCAGAUCAAAACUUGCCAAAUGGUUUAUGGAGCCUUUCUUUGAGGAGUUAAUAGUUGGUUGCUUCGUAAGAGUAGGAAUUGGUAGAUCAAAAACUUCACCUAUCUACCGACUCUGCAUGGUGAAAAAUGUUGAUGCAUCAGAACCUGAUAGACAGUAUAAAUUGGAAAAUAAAACUACAUACAAGUAUUUGAAUGUUGUUUGGGGAAAUGAAAGUUCUGCAGCUAGGUGGCAAAUGGCUAUGGUUAGUGACUCUGUACCACUUGAAGAGGAGUUCAAACAGUGGGUUAAGGAAGUAGAUCGUAGUGGUGGCCGGAUGCCCACUAAGCAAGAUGUGUUAGAAAAAAAACAAGCUAUUCAAAAGGCCAUCACAUUUGUCUACUCAGCGGCUACUGUGAAGCAGAUGUUACAAGAAAAAAAGUCUGCCUCAACAAGGCCACUAAAUGUUGCUGCUGAGAAGGAUAGGCUGAGGAGGGAAUUGGAAAUAGCACAAAGUAAGCAUGAUGAGGCAGAAGUGGAGAGGAUCAGAGCAAGACUGCAAGAAUUAGAGGCAUCUAGACAAGCAAAGCAGAAGGAUGCCAAGGCAUUGAAGCUAGCUGAGAUGAAUAGGAAAAAUAGGUUUGAGAACUUCAAGAAUGCCUCUGAAUUGAAGCCUGUGAAUACUGGUUUGAAAGCUGGGGAGGCAGGUUAUGAUCCAUUUUCAAGGAGAUGGACUAGAUCAAGGAAUUAUUAUGCUGCAAAACCUGGUGAAAAGGCUGCAGCUGGAAAUAAUAGUGUCAAUGGUGUAGUGGUUGGACCUGGCAGCAAUUCAGCAGGAGUGCCAGUUACAGCGGAGGCUGGCAUGGUGGCUACUGCUGCCGCCUUGGAAGCUGCUGCUGAUGCUGGGAAGUUAGUAGAUACAAGUGCUCCUGUGGAUCAAGGGACAGAGUCAAAUAUGCUGCACAAUUUUGAGCUGCCAAUUUCGUUGGCAUUACUUCAAAAAUAUGGUGGGGCCCAAGGAGCUCAGGCAGGAUUUAUGGCAAGAAAACAAAGGAUAGAAUCAACAGUUGGAUUUAGAGUAUUGGAAAAUGAUGGCAGGAGGCAUUCCCUGACGCUGUCAGUCAGUGACUACAAAAGAAGAAGAGGGCUUCUUUGAAAUUUUUUGCUGCUCUUGCAGAGUUGAGGUAAGUUCAAGCUUAUAUGGACUGAAGAUGGUUUGUGUUGACUUUGUGAUGUAUGUAUCUUGAAUAAGUGCUCAUGUUUCCUUAUGUUUGUAUUUCUUAGUGUUCAAAUAUUAAACUGCCGAUAUUUGAUUAAUGGUGGUGAAGAAUGGGUGUGAUUUAACAAUGAUAUUUAAGCCAGGUCGUUGGAAGUUAAAGAGAGAGAGAAUGAUUAACGCCCAGAAAAUUUGAUAUCAUGGUGAAGUGUUAAUACAUAUCUGUCCUUUUGAGCUGA